CGCAUCUCGCAUCCCGCGUCUUUUCUUUUCUCUCUGCUUCGCCUGUAUUCACACUUGUUUUCUCUGGUCUAUUCGUCUUUUUUUUCUUUCUCUUGAUAUCAGUGCUUCUUUUCCUGCUUUGUGUAUAACUAAAUAUGGGCUUUUGCAGACGGUGCGGCGACAUCGUGAGCGGGCCGAGAUGUAAGUGUGGAGGUACUGCUGUUGCACCUGUGGUGUCAUGGAAUCAUGGGGUAUCUCAAGAAAGUUCGCCGACUGACAGAUGGUCCCGUACGUACGUGACCAGGGAGGAAAAGCCCUCUGCGCGAGCAUCCCCUCGGUCGACCACUACCACAACGACUACCACGACCUCAACGAAACGCUUCCCCCAACCCACAAACUCUACUCUUGGAUCCCGUGUCACUGCUCACAUAACAUCGACUACCACAUCUCAACGACCCUCUGGUCAUUCCAAACGCGGUUCUUCAUUCAAGGACGACCCGUCCGCUCACCCUGACAUCCUCCCUUCUCCAUACAACAACUCUGAGCUUGCCAAGGUCUACGGGUCAGUUCUCCAGAAGAAAGAAACGCUUGCGACCUUCCAUUGUCACGUCUGCCAAGCCUCGUUCCCUCCCGAUGCUACUAUCUAUCCAGAUCCUGUCGACGAUACGGGGAAGCUUUUCAUGUGUCGAGCAUGCUUCAUUGUCGGGGGAGGAUCAGCGGGGGACUGUCAAGCAUGCAAGAGACCGGUUCUGAUUUUGAAGACGGAUGGGGGGUUCGUCGAGAAUGCGGGGAGGGUGUGGCACAAGAAGUGCUUCGUGUGCUCAGGGUGUGAGAAGAGUAUCGGAGACCAUCCACUCGUAGAUCUUCUUGGUCACCCAUCAUGCAUGGACUGCUUUGACACCUGUCUCCAGAGGAAAGGCAGCCCAAAGAGACCUAGUAAGCCCCUUCAAGAAACCAAAGACGAUCGGUUCAAGCGAGACGGACGGAAGUCGAAUGAGAGGGAAAGUCGCGAAGGUAUCUCUGCCUUCGAAGAACUCGAACAACGUCUGGACCGCACGCGAAGUAGGGAGACCACUCCUGUCAGAGACCUCCCUCGUAGACCGGUCAUCGAGAUCGCCAGUUCAAUGGCUAAGGACAUGACAUCGUCUAGUCCAUUGUUCUCUCGCUCGGUCGGCAGAGAGUCCAGUCCCCUCCAGGACAGGAGCUAUGGCGAUAGUCCUUCAUCAGUCACUCGACGUGUUGAGGCCACAGUGGAUGGUAGUCCCGUGCGACGUCCGUACGACCGCUUCAGGACUCCAGAGCCUGAGGGAGAUUACCGCGAACGCCGCAUUUCUUCGAGCAGCAAUAGGUCGAGCAACAGCCCGAAACCUUCCUCGGAUGCAGUCGAAGAGAUGAAGAGAAGGUUCCUUCGUAGUUCGGGGUCCCCUGCUCCAGAGAAGGACUUGUCUUCUUCGCCAUCCACUGCCGAUAUCACCCCACGAACGACGCCCAGGGCAAGAGCUCUUUCCUCGGCUCCCAGUUACGCAUCUCCCCUGACGGAACGAGAUAAAGAUUCACUCUUUAGUAAGAGCACGUCGCGCCAUAGCCUCAACCGUGACUCCGACCCGCCGUUGAGAAGCCGACUCUCUAGUUCGUCCCUACGCCGCGACAUCGAAGUGAAGAGCUCUCGAGCCUUACCCAUCAUACCCUCUCCUCCUGACCUGAUCUCCGACCUGUCCGACACCACAACUCAAUCUUCCGAGCCGUCAUCCCCGCAUUCAUACAGCCCUUCCUCCCGUCUCGAUGACGACGUCUUCAGCGCAUCUAACCGUCUUAGUACUGCGUCGAACAUUUCUGAUAUGAAGAUUUCAUCCCAUGUCACGGGCGAGACGAUUCGAUCUACGUAUUCUAUGAGUGUCGCGCCCUCGUCGACUAGGCAUGCCAAGAAAACGGAAUCUGCCCCUUCUCAAUCUCAAUCUCAGUCCCAUUCCCCGUCAUCUGGCCCCUCGCCAGAUUCGAAGUGCGCCAAGUGCUCGUUGCCACUGUUUACAGUCAAGAGCGGAGGUCGAUAUGUGACUGUCCCAGAGCCGUCUGCGGUCGGCGCACCUCCAAAGGUGUAUCACUCCGCUUGCUUCAGGUGCAGGAUUUGUGACAGAGUAUUCGAGGAGAAGGAGGGUGGUCAGGCCGUCUUUGUCAGGGGAAUCAAAGGUGCCUGCCACUUAGACUGUGCUCCUCCGGAGAAGAAGACGAUCAGGACGACAACAGCGGGACCUUUCAUUCCUCCUACUAGAGCCGAGAGCGUGCCCACACCUCCCGCGACCAAGACAGCGGUUGCAAGAAGCACAACUUCGCCGUACAUUUCGAGUCGGUACACUCCGCCUGCGACCACUGCUCCUGCCACGGCCAUCUCUUUCCCUCGAUUUGGCUCAUCGACGACUUGUGGUGGAUGUCAUCAGUCUGUUUCAGUUAUGGAGAGAGGCGUCGUGCCUGGACCCCAAGGUUCGAGGUGGCACGCAACUUGUUUGGUUUGCGGAGGAAAGGAAGCUAAAGGGCGGGGUGGUCGAAGGAAAGAUGGCAAGGCGGGGUGUGGGAAGCAGCUGGACAGCUCGGCCAAGAGGGAUGCUGGAGAAGGCGGAGUAUGGUGCCGCGAGUGUUUGCUCCUUCUCCCCUUGGAGUUACGCUCUCCUUCGCCUCUCAAGCCGACCAAUACCGGUGGCAAGAUUACCGCCCAGCACACUGGUGGGACGACCAUUGCUCGCCAGUACACCGGAGGGACGACCAUAGCCCGUCAGAUCACGGGUGGUGCAGACGGACCCCUCUCUCGUCAGUUGACAGGAGGCGGACUUGCGCCUACGAGGCAACUCUCGUCGAGCCCGACAAAGGCUAUUGGGAGACAACAUACGGGUGGAAGUUCAUUUGGCGGGAGUGGCGCAAGUGUGGGCAGGCCGCGUCCGAAGUCAGUGAUUGGGAUGCGGGAUGAGGGCAGUAGAGGGAUGUAUCUCAUCCGGCAGAUGACGGGCGGUGGAGGCGGAUACUAACGACUUGUAAACCACUGAGACUCACGACUUCCUGUAUGAUGAUCUGUGACUGACCUAAGACUCGACUGCUUUAUGACUGCGCUUUCUGUUGGUUACUGCUAUCUUUUUUCAUUCUGUU